GGUAUCAGGCAGAGGCUGAGCGAGCGGGCGGGCUGGUUGCUAAGAUUUAGUAAAGCGCAACGUUCACGCCUUUCUCCUCAGGUGGCUGCGGCUUCAGCCUCACCAGGUCCUCAUAGCAGAAAUGUCAGAAAAGGAGAACAACUUCCCGCCACUGCCGAAGUUCAUUCCUCUGAAGCCUUGUUUCUACCAGAACUUCUCCGAUGAGAUUCCCAUUGAGCAUCAGGUUCUAGUGAAGAGGAUCUACCGGCUAUGGCUCUUCUACUGUGCCACGCUAGCAGUCAACCUCGUCGCCUGCCUGGCCUGGUGGAUCGGUGGCGGCUCAGGAGCCAACUUUGGCCUGGCCCUGGUCUGGCUGCUCCUCUUCUCUCCCUGUGGCUACGUAUGCUGGUUUCGGCCUGCCUACAAGGCCUUCCGGGCCGACAGUUCCUUCAAUUUCAUGGCAUUUUUCUUUAUCUUCGGAGCCCAGUUUGUCCUGACCGUUAUCCAGGCUGUUGGCUUCUCGGGAUGGGGUGCCUGUGGUUGGUUGGCAGCGAUUGGGUUCUUCCAGACCAGUGUUGGGGCUGCUGUCAUCAUGCUGUUUCCGGCCAUCAUGUUCACAAUGUCAGCUGCCAUGAUGGCCAUUGUGAUCAUGAAGGUGCACAGGAUCUAUCGGGGAUCCGGUGGGAGCUUCCAGAAGGCACAGACAGAGUGGAGCACGGGCACUUGGCGGAACCCACCAUCUCGAGAGGCCCAGUUCAACAACUUCUCAGGGAACAGCCUGCCUGAGUACCCUACAGUGCCCACCUAUCCAGCCAGUGGCAGCCAGUGGCCUUAGAGGGAACUGACUGGCCUUGCCACCCACCUGCCAUUGCCAUCCCUCCUCCUCCUCCUCCUCCUCAUCCACUCCUGGCAGCCAUGCUGGGGCUGGUGAGGCCCUAGUCAUCUGUUCCCUGCCUUCCCAGGUGGCAGGUAGGCCCCUCCCUCAGCCAGGUCAGCAGCAGGGUUGGUGGCCACCGGGAGCUCCCUCAGUUGGGAUGGCAGACUCCAGGAGCUCUUGGGGACCCAUGUUCGUGCUCAUCUCACACCCAAGAGAGGAGCUCCUGGCAAGCACUGCCCAGAAGCCGCCAGCUGUGCCAUUCGGCAGAAGGAUGCCCCUCUUGCUCGUGAAAAAGUUUGGUCACAUAAUGUCUACUGCCACGCCAUACCCUCUCCAUUUGGGAUCUCAGAGGGCUGACCCUGGGCCUCCCCACAAAGUUGGAAGCAGGUUGGGUGCCCUCCAUCCCAGGGCUGGUGAUGCUAAGAAGGGCUCUGCAAAUCUCCCCACCCCCAUUUAGGGCCAUCACCCUCUCCCAGUACUCAGGAAGAGGGGGGCCUUCUCAGUACCAGGUUCCCUUCCAUGCUGGUGACAGAGGCACUUCAUGUGCAGUCAGGUCCUCAACAUUUUUAUCCUCUUGAGUUCUCUGUUCAUUUGUAGCUGGAGGCUCAUGGGAUAGCUAGAGGCCAGUUCCCCACUUCAGUGCCAGGAUCUUCUCAGCUUCUCCCUGUCCAUCUCUCCCAGUUGCUUGCCUCCAGCCUCCUUGCCUACAUGUCGCUGUCCCCCCAGAAACACGCUCUUUCCCCAUAAUGGGUGUUAGAACCCCAAGUCCUAGGUUGGUUGUACUCAUGCCAGGAACUUUGUAGGAUGUCCAUCUAGAUCCAAAACCUGGGAUGGAAUCCUUUAAGGGAUGGUGUCGGCUUCUCCCCCCACCAUGCAAACAAGAAAACGUGCAUCUCACAGCGUGCAUAUGUGGCCUCGAGGUCACCAUCAUACAGAGGCCUGAGUACUAGGCCAGCCACCACUUAGGCCACGAUCCAUACCGCCAUUUUCUGGAUAUGCAGAAGCAGGUGUCAUUUCUCAGGAGAACAGUAUUUCAGGAAGAGACACGAUAUGACACAUCUCUGUGCCUUACUGAGGAAUCUGAACACCGUCACUUUUCUCCCCCCAGUCCUCCAGUCGAGCUCGCUCUGAGGUGGAGGAACCGUAUGUCCUGUGGGCAUUGCCACAGCACUUUUGUGAACAGACUGGCUGAGGGCGGUGUCCUGAUGGUCUCUCAGCCUCUUGGCCAGGCUUCCAGUAAUGUUGCCCCUCAGCUCCUGCCUGCCUGUCCCUUGGGGCGGGGCCAGGGACCCGUCCCUGUCACAACGUGCUCCACUGGGCUGCCAGUUUUUCAGAAGCUCUGGUACGGCUGGAACGUGUUCUCACACCCACACUUUGGUUUCUUCUGCCCAAUGCCACAUGGUACCCAAGGAUGGCCAAGGUCCCUGAGGGAGCAUUCGGGCCUGAUGGGGGGUGGUCGCCCGGCUAUGGUUUCUUUUGGAACCGUGACCACCCCAGCUGACAGACUGGCCUUGAGGGGGGCCUGGAGGCUUCCAAGGGUGAGUCCUGAACAAAAAACAGCUUUGGUCGGCCAGGUUCUAGGUGACGUCCCCAAGCCAGCUUCCUGCAAUUGACAGGUUUCACACUGCUAAUUGUGGACUGAACCUCCUUGUGACUGAUUGUUAACAGAGCUGAUUAACCAGGUGCAGGAUGAACGUACAUGAGCACCCUUCAACCCCCACCCCUCUGUACUUGGAGCCCUUGUUACAUACAUUGUAGUAGUUUUUGUUACUUAAAAAUAUUCUGGAAAUAAAUACAUCCUUUCU